AGCAAGCCAUGGCUUACGGGAAUACUCAAACGAAUCCCAUACUUGGGCUUACUCUCCCUCCUGACAGCAACUCUCUGCGCAGUUGCUACCCUUGCAAUCCUUGUUUCAUCCAACAGCAAAGACAUAAAGGCAUGGCCCUCCAAAGCGCAUCCGCUUCAGCCGACAGUGAUUGUUGCUAUCCUUUCAGCUGUCGCAAAUUCAACAUUGCGGUACGCCCUCGCGGAAAGUUUGACACUGUUUUGGUGGAACAAGGCUUUGAGCGGCGAUAGCAGCCUCAAGGACUUGCAUCUCUCAUGGGCAUAUGCUUCCAGUUUCCAGCGCUCGCUGUUCUCUGGUAGAAGGUUCAACACGAUCGCUUUGGCCUGCAUUAUCACGACACUGGUUACUUUCGACGGCCCUCUUCUUCAACGCUCCUCCUCAGUCGCCACACGCUCGAUUGUGCAGGAUAUGACGUUCGAUGCGCCCGUCACUUUUGACCCUUUGCCAAGGGGAUACUCAGGACAGAAAUCCCUCCGUGGUAGUAACGUGACCUCGUUGUCACUGCCUUUCGCGCGGGUCGCAAAGGAGUUCCAAGCGCGGGACGACAUGCACCUGGACAUCAAAGGUUGCAAAGGUGUAUGCAAGACCGACAUACACGCCACUGGCCUUGACGUGCAGUGCUCCCAAGGCACUGCUCCAUACAACAUAACACUGGACCGCGAGGCAUGGGGCACAGAAGUCGACAUCGGCGGUAUAAGUUUUUCACGGGAAGAUAGCGACGCAGGCGCAUUCAACGCCACGGUCCGCUACAAGAAUGAGGCUGUCUGCACUGGCCUGCUGCAAACAAUUCAUUGCACGUUCCGCCUUGCCACCGUCUCUUACCCCAUUACUAUCGCCAACGGCACUGUCAGCCUCCGCCCUGCCGGCCUUAACGACACUGUCGCGGUCCUGCCUCCUUUUGCUGAGUUUCACGGGAUAUCGGAUCAGCUAACGACGCUCGGCGGUGUCGUGCUUCUGGCCGACCAACUCUAUAAAAGCGAGAUCGCGAUGCUGAUCACAGUGCCGAUUUUCUCGCUCAAGAGCAAUGGAUCCAUGAGCUUUACGCAUCUAAACAGCACGGACGGCUGUAAUGUCACGUACCUCAACCCGAUGCCGGACAUACAAUCCGGGCUGCGGGAGCUGAUGUUCCGCACAGCGCUCUCACUGUCGAACUCUUCGUUCACACAAGCAGUACCCGGGACAGACGAAUUCAAUCUCAACGUGUACAACACAAACUACUACUAUCUCGUUGCGGGGUUGUGCCUUAUCGUGGCCAACGCGCUGGCAAUUUUGCCCCUUUUCCUCGGAUGGUGGCAUCUUGGGCGCGCGUUCUCAAUGAGUCCACUGGAGAUCGCCAAGGCAUUUGGAAGUCCGUUGCUGGCGAAGGCGGGGAGUAACAAGGAGGCCGAUGAUAUGGUGCGAGGCUUGGAUGACACGAAAGUGCAGUAUGGUGCUGUUGCG